AUGUACAAGCGAGACUUCGGCGUGCUUCUGGUGGCGGCUUUCGGCAUAUACUUCUGUCUGCAGAACGAGGGGACAUUCUCUUUUCGAAAGGCCUGGUACCAUCGCCUAAUAGAUGUCCCUGCUCUGCUAUAUGAAACAGAUGUACUGCCUCAACCUGUCGUUAUUGACCUGAAUGGGGACGGAUCCUUGGAAGUGAUUGCGGCGACACACGAUUGCAGAAUCCAGGUUCUCAAGCCAAGAGGCGUUGGGAGAGAAGGAGAUGGAUUUGCUAAGGCCCAAAUCAUGGCAGAACAAUCCCUCCUGCCUGACAGGGUGCACAUAGUUUCAGGACGGAGGGCGGUUGCGCUGUCCGCUGGUUUCAUCGAUCCGGGCCUAUCCGAGUUUGUAAGGACACCCAGGAAGGGCGUUAUUGUGGUGGUCACAGCAGAUUCCCACGUUAUUUGCUUCGACCACAAUUUGAAGGUGCUUUGGGAGACACAGCUGGUGGAGGAUGUGCCACAUCAUGCAACCCUUCAAGAGGUGGCGAUCCACAUAUCGAAUCAUUCGAUCGAGGAGGGAGAUCGGGGCCUGGUCGUCGUGGGUGGUAGCAUGCACCUCGGGGAGACGUUUGCCAACACAGCAAAAGGUAGUGCUGCUGCUGGAGAAAAGGAAGAGGAUGCCUUUGAGGCAGAACUGGAAGCUGAAAAGCAAGAAAGAGAGCACAUGGGGGAGCUUGGUGAAGCCCUAACCCUGGAUGACAUUGACGAUGCUGAGGGCGACACAGCAGGGGUGGACUUGUCUCGCCAUUUCUCAUACCACGCAUAUGAGGCAAGCAAAGGCCGCUUGAGGUGGAAGCAUGAGGGCACAGACUUCCAUCGCGGCAUGCAGCAGCUUGCAGAUCAAAUGAUUCCACAGCACAAUUACAGGCUGACAGCUGAAUCCCUUGUGGGUCGCCACUUUAGCGAGGUCUCAUGCAGAGACUACAGGGAGUCAGUGUUGCGGGUGCUGCCCCACCAGUGGAGCUGGCGUGGCGAUACCCGGUUGGAGCUGGCGCACUUUGCCCAUCACCGGACAGGAAAAGGAGAGAAGAAGAAGGAGCUGGGGGCCGGCACAGGGGGAGCUGCUGUGAAAGGCCGAGCUGCUACAGACCCUGUGUCGCAUACAAUUGCAAGCGUUGCGAGCAAGGCAGUCAGCGGUGGUCGUUCCAGCUCGACAACUGGGGUCCAAGGGGGCCAAAAAUGGCUGCCACCAAACGUGCUGGUUGCUCACUUGAGGGAAGGCAUUGAGGCAGUCCACAUUGCUUCAGGCCGUACCAUAUGCAAGCUGCAUCUGCCUGAAGGAGGGUUGCAUGCUGAUCUGAAUGGGGAUGGUGUACUUGACCACAUACAAGCCACAGGGAGCCAUGGGCCUGAAGAGCAAGGGGACGCGGGCCAUCGCCAUGUGUCACACUGCUGGGCAGUAGCCACUUCUGGGAUACCCCCCCAGCAGCCCCUGUUCAAUGGGUCAAUAUGUCCUGGCAAGGCAGGUGCUGUGUGGCAGCCGAAGCCACGACAGAAGGCAAUACAGGUGGGCCCUCCCGCAAUCCUGCCUGUUCCAUCCUCCACUGGGCACUACCGCCAUGGACACCGCCAACGCAGCUACGCCCUUUUCCACAACAGCCGUGGCGAACUGACUGCAUUGAACGCAAAUGGCAACAAACAGUGCUGUGGCCAGGUGAGUGCGGGUACAGACUGGAACCCUUCCAAGGGCAUGGCCUGGAUCGCGCCCAAGGCCGUGCCCACGCUCAUCGCCUUCCCCCUCCGGACCCACGCCAUCCCGACGUCCAUUCUGGUCGCUGGCGGCCGCACGGCUGCGGUGUACUCCGAACGCGGCCACAAACUGGAUGGCUUCGACUUCCCUGUACCUCCCGUGUCGCCCCUGCAAGUCGUGGACUUCAACGGGGACGGCCUGAACGACAUCAUCCUGUGUGCACGCAACGGCUACUAUGGCUACGCGCAAGUGCGCCAUCCAGGGGCGUUGCCGUUCAAGAUGUUGGUCAUGUGCUUAAUCGUCGCCAUGGGGGUUGUGUAUCAGACGCAGCACUUGAGUGCCGCCAAAGGCGGGCAACGGACCAAGAGGAGCACUGAUCGAGUGACGAAGGAUUGA